AUAUCAGGAAUAAAAGUUAUACUAAUAAUAAUCAUCGGGAAACUAUUAAUAAUAACGAAUCGACGCUUAUUAAUAUACUUGAUACGAGCGAAGUUUAUCACCCGGGAAGCGCGAAACCAAGUCCUUCAAAAAAAGUUUCCCUCACAUCGUUGGGUUCUUCCGAUAUGGAAGAAGUGAGUUCCUUUGAUCUCGCGAAUUCUACAGAAUUAGCCACUCAGAAUACGUCGAAAUCCCUUCAAGAUGCGCCUUUUUUCUCCAUUGAAAAAGUGCAAACGAGUUCGUUUGAACUUGGACAUGUCAUGAAUAAUUCAGAGUUAACAGUAAAUGCAGGCAUUUCACACUUUUCGGAUUCGCUUAAUAUAUUUUUUACCCCAAAAAAACGCAAAAAAGAACAAAACGCAUUUUCACCAAAAGCGGCUUUAAUAAAAAAAAAAAUUAAACCGGAUUAUUUUCAUUCUACCCCUCAAAAAUUUCCCGAACGUUCAUUUUUAUUCCAUGGGGAUAAUGAAAUUUCUGCCGGCAACUUUGAUGGAACACAAGAAAAGCGAGCCUUUGUUCCGGAAACUUCUAAAACUUGGUGGUUUGAUGAGUACAGCGACGACCAAUCCUUACGCUCGUCUUUGUUGCAGGAAAAAAGAAUUUUUGUUACUGAAGAUUUAAGAAAAUCCGCCAGUGGGGCAGAGUGGUACUGUCUCGUUAAAAAGAUGGGUGGCACGUGCAUGUGGGUUUUUGAUUCCUCGUGCACCCACGUCAUUCACCAUCCAAUCAAGAGUGAAUCAGUACUUGAGUUCAAAAGUGUUAAAGUUGUUUCUGGGAAUUGGCUAAGAGAUGUUUUUCUCUACAAAAAGCUCGUCGAUGAAAAAUACUACCCGCCUACACAAAUUGUUGGUGAUCCUCCCCUCAAGGACAUCAUUGAAGGGCUCAACCAAUCAUUAAAUUCUGCUCUUCCGGCGCUUAAAGAGAUGAUUGGCUCAGCAAAUCUGCCCCAGCAGUUAAAGCGAAUGAAACGCACCCGCAAGAGAAUAGCAACUUACCCGGCUACCAAUAAUCAUGAAGUUUCUCAAGGUUGCCUCUCAGAGGAAACUUGUGAAAUGAACGCCGAACUUGUUACUUAUGGCGAUGAAUCUGGGAGACUUUUGAGAGAAAGACUUACUAAUAAAAAGAAGAAGUUAGCGGUUUUCCCAGUCUCUCAGUCUAUGACAGUUUUGGAGGGAAAGACCUCAACAUUUUUAUUGUCGGCAAUGAACUCAGAGCAAAAAAGGCGCGCAUCGACUCUUUUAAGGAAUUUGGGCGCUCAAGUUUUAAUAACACCAUUUUAUGUUGAGGAGUGUACCCACCUUAUUAUCCAACGACUUACCCAAAGCGAAAAGUUUUUAGCAGCUGUUGCUUCAGGCAGGUGGAUCCUGCAUCCUUCUUAUAUAGACGCGUGCGCUAGAGAAAAUAAGUUAUGCGCUCCGGAGGACUACGCUUGGAAUUUACAGCACGUGACAGAUAACGAAUCCGAAGAGCUUUUAGUAUGUGCCGUUCAUAAGUGGAGGAAAAGUUUCGCUACUUCAAAGAAGAUUGGUUCGUUUUUGGGCUGGAAGGUUUUAAUCUGCAUUGAAGAAGAAAAGGUUUUAUGCCUAAAGCGCCUACUGGAGGCCGGCGGUGCUGAAGUACUGUCCUCGUGCCCUCCUUUUUCAAGCGAACUUAUAAGAAAAGCGGAGCUCGCCUUCUUCAAUCUUGAGGCUUUAGCUGUCAAUAAAUCUAUUGAAUCUUGUUUAAUUCAGCUACAAGAUAGCGGCAUCAAAUGCUUUUCAACAACUUUUAUUUCUGAAUAUUUAAUGAAUAAUGCAAAUCUCGAGUGCUCUGCCAUUCCUUCUCGCACUCCACUUCAUUCCUCUGCUCGUUCGAGAUUGAAAUAAUGAAUAUUUAUAAUGUUGGAAAUGAU